CAAAAUAAAAACUCAAAAUUCAGACACAACACUCACAACAAUAAGCGAAUCAUCGAAGUGUCCAUUCUCUCUUCCUUCCCUCAUCUCCAGUUUGAGAAGAAUUGAGGGCUAGGUGAAUAUUGUGGAGGAUUAUAGAGAUAUGAGCUCUCAACUUCGAAGAGAAAGAAGGGACGGGUCCAGGGUUCCAUCACAAGGUGCUACUCGUCAAGAAUGGGUCCCCAGAAGGAGUGCUGCAUCCACCACUUCUGUUCAGCCCUCAAAUUUGCACUCGAAUAACAAUGCUGAUGCUGGUUCUUCCAAUCAAGGGGUCCCCGUUGCUCCGGUCACUCUCCAUAGAAGCAAUCAUGGGACUCAUAGGGUGGAAAGCAAUCAUGGGAGUCAUAGGGUGGAAAGCAAUCAUGGACCUCAUAGGGCGGAAAGGGAAAGGGAAAGAGAUAAAGGAAGGAGGAGUGGGAAUCAGGUGGGGAGGGGAUUGAGUUUGGGAGUCAGAGACUCUAGUUUGCCUCAAUUGGUGCAGGAGAUUCAGGAGAAGCUCUUGAAAAGUACUGUGGAGUGCAUGAUAUGCUGUGAAAUGGUAAAGAGGUCUGCGCCUGUUUGGUCUUGCUCCAGCUGCUAUGCUAUCUUUCAUCUGAAUUGCAUCAAGAUUUGGGCCAGGGCACCCAUCUCGGGUGAUUUUUCUGUGGAGAAGAAUCAAGGGAUUAAUUGGCGGUGUCCUGGUUGUCAGUUUGUGCAGCUCACCUCUUCUAAGGAGAUUCGGUAUGUUUGCUUUUGUGGGAAGAGGACAAACCCUCCUUCUGAUUUGUAUCUGACACCACAUUCAUGUGGAGAACCAUGUGGGAAGCCUCUUGAGAGGGAGGUGUUGGUUGCUGGAAGUAAUAAGGAUGACCUUUGCCCUCAUUCUUGUGUCUUGCAAUGCCAUCCAGGGCCAUGCCCUCCUUGUAAAGCAUUUGCUCCCCCACGGUUGUGCCCUUGUGGGAAGAAAACUAUUGCCACCCGCUGCUCUGAUAGGAGGUCUGUUCUUACCUGUGGACAGUGCUGUGGUAAGCUUCUUGAAUGUGAGCGCCAUCCCUGUGAACGCAUUUGUCACAUUGGUCCCUGCGAUCCUUGUCAAGUUUCGAUCAAUGCCUCAUGCUUUUGUACUAAAACGACGGAGGUUAUUCCUUGUGGGCAGAUGGCUGUGAAGGGUGAAAUUGAAGCAAAAGGUGGGGUUUUUUCUUGUGGUUCCUAUUGUCUAAAGAAACGUAGUUGUGGUAAUCAUGUCUGUAGCGAGUAUUGUCAUCCAGGCAGCUGUGGGGAAUGUGAGCUUUUACCAAGCCGGGUUAAGACAUGCUGUUGUGGGAAAACAAGGUUGGAGAAUGAACGGAAGAGUUGUUUGGAUCCGGUACCUACCUGCUCACAAGUAUGUGGCAAGCUCCUUCAUUGUAGCACGCAUCGUUGUAAAGAGCCAUGUCAUGCUGGGUUGUGUCCACCUUGUAUGGUUCUAGUUUCACAGAAAUGCCGUUGUGGCUCAACUAUCCGAACUGUGGAGUGCUAUAGGACUACAAUGAUGAAUGAGAAAUUCAUGUGUGAAAAGUCUUGUGGGAGAAAAAAGAACUGCGGAAGGCAUCGAUGUAGUGAAAAGUGUUGUCCACUUUCUAAUCCAAAUAAUAAUUUGAGUGGGGAUUGGGAUCCUCACUUUUGUUCCAUGGCAUGCGAAAAGAAGCUAAGGUGCGGCCAGCAUGUGUGUGAAUCUCUGUGUCACAGUGGUCACUGUCCACCUUGUCUCGAAACAAUCUUUACUGAAUUGACUUGUGCUUGUGGUAGGACAUCAAUCCUUCCUCCUCUACCUUGUGGUACACCACCUCCUUCAUGUCAGCUUCCGUGCUCAGUUCCUCAGCCGUGUGGCCAUUCAGGCUCACACAGUUGCCAUUUUGGAGACUGCCCUCCUUGUUCAGUGCCUGUAGCAAAACACUGUAUUGGCGGGCAUGUAGUUCUUAGGAACAUACCUUGUGGUUCAAAGGAUAUCAGAUGCAAUCAUCUCUGUGGCAAGACCAGGCAGUGUGGUUUACAUGCAUGUGGCAGAACGUGUCACCCCCCACCUUGUGAUAAUGUAUCUGGUGUUGUGCAAGGUUUCAAAGCGCCAUGUGGCCAAACAUGUGGUGCUCCAAGGAGAUGCUGCCGGCACAUGUGUAUGGCUCCUUGUCACCCUUCAUCUCCGUGCCCAGAUAUAAAAUGUGAAUUCCCUGUUACUAUCACUUGCUCUUGUGGCCGUAUAACAGCAAAUGUUCCUUGUGAUGCUGGUGGUAGCAGUAACAAUUAUAAUGCUGAUGCCAUACAUGAAGCUUCCAUUAUUCAAACGUUGCCUGUACCACUUCAACCAGUGGAUGCAAAUGGCAAGAAAGUUCCCCUUGGACAAAGAAAGCUGAUGUGUGAUGAUGAAUGUGCCAAGUUGGAACGCAAAAGGGUUCUUGCGGAUGCUUUUGACAUUACUCCUCCAAGUCUGGAUUCACUCCAUUUUGGUGAGAACUCUCUUUCUUCUGAAUCGCUUUCUGAUAUCUUCAGGCGUGAUCCAAAAUGGGUUUUAGCUGUUGAGGAGAGAUGCAAAGUUUUAGUACUUGGCAAGAGUAGAGGAAUUACACAUGGUUUAAAAGUCCACAUAUUUUGUCCAAUGCCAAAGGAGAAUAGAGAUGCUGUGAGGUCAAUCGCUGAAAGAUGGAAGCUUGCAAUCAAUGCCGGUGGCUGGGACCCGAAGCGAUUUAUUGUUAUUUCUGUUACCCCAAAAUCAAAGGCCCCAGCUCGUGUGAUAGGGGUUAAGGGUACUCCAACUUUAAGUGCGCCCCUUCCUCCGGUAUUUGAUCCAACAGUUGAUAUGGACCCACGGCUUGUUGUCUCGUUUCCAGACUUACCAAGGGACGCCGAUAUUAGUGCCUUGGUGUUGAGGUUUGGUGGCGAGUGUGAGCUGGUUUGGUUGAAUGACAAGAAUGCUUUGGCUGUUUUUCAUGAUCCUGCUCGAGCUGCAACUGCAAUGAGGAGGUUGGAUCACGGAACAGUUUAUCAGGGAGCUGUUUUGGUCGCCCCAAAUGUUGCAUCUUCAGCUACCAAUGCCUGGGGAGGAGCUGGGGCAGCAAAAGGAGGAGCGGCGUUAGCAUCAACCUCAGCUUCAAGAGGCAACUCAUGGAAAAAGGCUGUGGUUCAAGACUCUGAUUGGAAAGAAGAUUCUUGGGGUGAUGAAGGUUUGGCUACUGGUUCUGUCCAGCCAUCUGUUUGGAAGAAAGAAGCACCUAUAGCUGCUUCUUUAAACCGUUGGAAUGUCUUGGAGCAUGAGUCUGGUUCGGGUUCAAGUUCGUCCUCAUUGACAACCGUUAGAGCUGAAGUCUCUGGGAAGCAAGUUGAAAAUAGUGCUGUCUCAACGUUUGUGUCUGGUGCAGGUGGCUCAAAUGGAGAAGGAAACUCGGAUGCAGCAGAGGUUUCUGAAGUAGUUGAUGAUUGGGAGAAUGCUUAUGAGUGAGAGGAGAAAAAUGGACCACAAACUCCCUCUUCAAACUCUUAUUGUUAGAAAUUUUAUCUAGAUAGUUGAAAAAUAGACAUUAGGCCUCCUUUGCCUUGUUUUAUGAAUUUUUUGCAGGGCGGGGUCAAUUUUUUUCCCUUAUAGGUAAAUGUUUUAAAUUCAAAGUGAUCAUCCUAAAAAAAAAUCAAAGUAUUAAAACAGUCGUACCCAGAUUUAGUAAUGGGUAUCUAGAGAGAAAAAAUAUUGCAUUUUGUAGAUGCGCUAUAAUAUAAUGUUUAUUUAGUUAA